AUGCAUUUCAAUUUCUUGAGCACGAUAUGUCUCCUGGCUCUAUCCGGGCUCGGUGCGGCGUCCAAAAGAGCUGUCGCACGAACGCUCAACAUUGUCGCACACCAAGAUGAUGACCUGCUCUUUCAAAACCCAGAUAUUAUCCAUGACAUCGGGUCAGGGCGCAGAGUUCGGACCGUCUACCUUACAGCGGGAGAUGCGGGUCGCGGAUGGGAAUACUGGACCAGUCGCCAGGCCGGCGCCAUGGCCGCUUAUGCCGAGAUGGCUGGUGUUUCGAAUGACUGGGAAGAAUCGGAUCUCGGUAUCCCGGGGAAGGACAUUCCUCUUUAUACCUUGAGCGAUAGGCAGAGGAUCUCUAUCGCGUUUAUGCAUCUACCCGACGGCAGUAUUGAUGGAAACGGGUUCCCGAGCACAGACAAUGAAAGUAUGGAAAAGCUCUGGAAGGAAAGCAUCCCAGAGAUCCGAACUGUGGACGAAUCCGGCACGACCUACACCCGACAGGAGCUCAUUGACACCUUAACCACGAUUAUCGACGAUUUCGGUCCAGACGACGUGAAUGCACUCGACUACCUCCAUGACUUCGGCACAGGUGAUCACAGUGACCAUACUGCCGGCGGUCUAUUUGCAAAUGAAGCAGCAAUUCCCUCCGAGUUCCCUGGCAAUGUUAUCGCCUACAUAGGAUACCCCACCUCAGAUCUACCCGCCAAUGUCGAUGGUGAGGACUUGGAAGAGAAGAAAGCCGCGUUUUACACCUAUGCAGCUUAUGACGAUGCCGUGUGUUCAAGCGAUGAGGCCUGCGCUGGUGGUCCAUACGAGUCUUGGCUGGCUCGCCUAUAUAAUCUCUCUGGUUUAUAG